AUGCCCUCUGCCACGGCAUCGGACGCAAGUGAAAAAUCUCGUCAGCACAAGAAGACCAUGUCUUCCGCCUCCAGCACAUCCUCUGCCGGCGCUCAGCCGCGUGGCAGCCAAUCGCCUCCCGCAGCCAUGAACCGUGAAACCACCCCAGAGUCACUCGCCGACGCUGAUCAGAAGACGAAGAAGAGGAUCCAGAACAGAGUCGCCCAGAGAACGUACCGCAAUCGCAUGAAGCAGCGGGUGCAGGACCUCGAGCAGCAGCUUUGUGAGAUGCGUGCCAGACAACAGCAGCAGCAAUACUACCCUCAGGACAUGUCCGGUUCUGUCACACCGGACGGCUCCAUGGGCUUUGUCCCCAACGCCGGAUCCAUGCCUCCUGCCCUCUGGCAACAGACCAUGUCCCUUCCCAGAACGCCAGGCUCGAUGCCUCAGGAGAUGUGGCCAGCCAUGGCCGUUGAAAGCCCCAAUCAGCCCAUGCCGGACGCAGUUUCCAUGGCUGGAAACCCCUACAUGGCCCGAAACUUCCACCAGCAGCCUCCCUUCAACAACCCUGCUCUCCUAAACCAACUCAACCCUUCGGCCGCUACCGGUCUCGAUCAGGUUCCGAUGAUAUCGCCUACUAUGGAGAUGCCUGGGGAACCUUCCAUGCAGAGGCUGUACCGCAACGGCAGCGCUGCGUCGACACCCAACCAAGAAUCUCUUCAACUGGACGCUCACUUUGGAUAUAGAGGAACUGUUACUGGCCUUGGCCAAGCCUCUGAAAUCUCCGAAGAGGAUGGAAACGAUGCCAAGCUCUUCACCAACCCCACCUCGUGGGAAAACAGCCCAGCCAUGAUGUCGCCAACCAGCUCAAGGACGGGGACGGUCGCACCGCAGAGCGCCAUUUCCACAUCGCCGUGGGGUUCCAUUGCUACUGCCGCCACCGAGGUUUCAGAUGUUGGGUCACCACACCAAUUUUCGAGUAUCGAAGAGCGUUUCGAGUACGUCCUAGAGUGCGCUCGCCGCGUCGGAUUCGACACGUUUGACUCGAUGGCCGCUCAGUACUACGGGAGCAGCUUCGAUCCUUGCUCCUCUCUUGCCAUGGACCAACGCCUCAGCCGCAACCGUCACCUUCCUGCUCUGCUGUCCGAGAUUCGACAAAAGUCUGCCCAGUGGAGCGUGUGGGAGCGACGGGCGUACCAGGACGAGGCGCUCAAGACGGCCGAGGACAUUUGCGCCAUUGAGUGCCGCGAGUUCCGAUCCAUGCAGGAUCUGGGCGACGUCAAUGCCGCCAAUCUCGCUACCAUCCAGCAAAAACUACCCAAUGUGUGGACGCUACUGUCUGGCUUAGCCUCCGCCACACCGCUGCAAAGGCAGGGUGACCGCUCCAACCUGGUCUAUAACAGCAUCAAGCAGCUCUGUGCGCUGGGUGAUGCAUCCGGCCAUAUGGCCGUGGAUGGCCAGUGA